CUCCCUCCCUUUGCAUGUGUUCAUCUGCUCCAGCUGUCGGUCUCCCCACUCACUCUCUCAGGGUCAUACAGGCAGCAGUUUAAGGGACCAGGUUUGAACGCCAACUCAUCUGGGACGACCACAGCCGGCAGACAGACACACCGGUCAGAGGGAGACUUACAGACCGAGGACCUAGUUGAUAAGACUCAUCUAUACCACUUCCUGACUGCCCUGUACAUCACAGAGUCUCGACUUCAAGACACUGUUACCUGUUGUGUGUGUGUUUGUGUGUGUGUUUUACAUGUGUUUCUGCUUCAUUAUACAUCAGUUAGUGCAUUAGUAUGCAGGGUGCUUGUGUGUCAGUUUUGUGUGUGUGCAUGUGUGUGUCUGUGCUCCUCCGCAGUGCGAUUUCACAGUCACAUAGAGAAACUGACACCUACACGGAAUGCACAGAUGGGUAUCAUUGGGACCCUCUUACUGAGCACUGCAAAGACAUAAACGAGUGUGAGACCAUUCCAGAUGCCUGCAAAGGGGAAAUGAAGUGCUUCAACCACUAUGGAGGUUACCUGUGCCUUCCCCGCUCUGCAUCAGUCAUCCCUGCUCCAGAGCCCCCCAUCUCGCCCACUGAGGCCUUUAACCCUUGUCCUCCAGGCUAUGAGCUGCAUGGGACCAGCUGUGUGGACGUCGAUGAGUGUGAGCGAGACGAGCACGACUGCCAGCCGAGCCAGCAGUGCAUCAACACAGUGGGGGCCUUCACCUGUCAGUGCCCUGAUGGUUACCGCAAGGUUGGCACGGAGUGUAUCGACAUCGAUGAGUGCAGGUACAGGUACUGCCAGCAUCGCUGUGUCAAUGUUCCCGGUUCCUUCUCCUGUCAGUGUGAACCCGGGUUUCAGCUGGCGGGAAACAACCGAUCUUGCGUUGAUGUAAAUGAAUGUGAUAUGGGUGCCCCCUGCUCUCAGAGGUGUUACAACACAUAUGGCACUUUUCUUUGUCGCUGUGAUCAGGGCUACGAGCUUGGGCCAGAUGGCUUUACUUGUAACGACAUUGAUGAGUGCAGCUAUUCCAGUUACUUGUGCCAGUUCCAGUGUGUCAACGAACCUGGGAAGUUCUCCUGUGUGUGCCCAGACGGAUACAAGCUGCAUGGCACUAGAAUGUGCCAGGAUAUAAACGAAUGUGAAACAGGUGAACAUCAAUGCACUGAGACACAGACUUGUGUGAAUAUCCACGGACGAUACCAAUGUGUGGACAACAACCGCUGCCAAGACCCUUACAUACAAGUGGCUGACAACCGCUGUGUAUGUCCUGUUAGCAACCUCGUCUGUCGAGAGCUGCCGUUCUCCGUGGUCCACCGCUACAUGAGCAUCACCUCAGAGCGCUCUGUCCCCUCUGACAUCUUCCAGAUUCAGGCCACCAGCGUCUCUGCUGGUGCUUAUAACACCUUCCGCAUUCGCUCUGGGGACGAAAAUGGAGACUUUUACAUCAGGCAAAUCAAUAACAUCAGUGCCAUGCUGGUGCUGGCCCGGGCCGUGUCGGGGCCCAGAGAGUACACGCUGGACCUGGAGAUGGUUUCUGUUAAUCCUCUGCUCAGCUACCAGGGCAACUACCAGACCAGUUCCGCCCUCAGACUCUCCAUCUAUGUUGGGCCAUAUACCUUUUAAUGUAGAAGAAGAGAGGAGGGACACAGAUGCAAAAACAAGCUGUAAAACAGAAGUGGUCAAUGCAGUUCAGCCAGUCACUGUGAUGUUAUGUUAUUAGCUUUUGUACAUAGUCAUCCAAAGAAAGUGACACUCUUCUGUCAGUCUAUAUUACCUGUAAGAAUAUACAUGCAGUUCAGUGUGCAAAUACAUCGUAGCAGCAGUGUCACACCGAUAAGUAGCAGCUUUAAUUAGUCCAAUCAAAGAUUUUCUCUUGUGUUUACUUUGGCCAUUUCUCUGUUAUGUUUACUUUUAUUUCGUGUUUUACACCUGCCUGACAGCAUUGUUCUUUGGUCAGAGUGUAUGACAUCGAUUUUACUCUUUUAAGGGUGAUAAUGAAUCUGUGUGGCAUAUUCUGCUUUCAGGUGGAGCGAUCCAUGCCCCUUGUCACCAGAUUUAUUUGUUUUCACCAGUUUACAUCCUUAUUUCAGCUCUAUUUAUCACUUUAUUGUUGUUAGCCCUUUUUCCUGUUGACAUGCAUGAAUCAGUAACCACUCACUCAAGACCUCAGCAUCCACGCUCUUCAUUCACCCUUCAGCUGUUCACUCCAAUGUUUGUGCUCCAUCUGCCAUUUCUACUUUUCUCACAUUGUGUUGUACUUUUUAUUUUUGAAAGCUCUGAACCCAAAUAAAACAGUAUACCUUUUCA